AUGAAGUUCUUGGCAGCAUCAGUGUUGAUUGCCGCUUUAGCUGUAAUAUCUGCAGAACGUUUCUAUUCAGUUGUGUUGGAAGAAUGGGAGACAUUUAAGCUUGAAUAUGCCAAGAAAUACACCACCGAUGUCGAAGACAAAUUCCGCAUGAACAUCUUCAUGGAGAACAGACACAAGAUUGCUGCACACAACAAACUGUUUGCAACAGGACACAAACCAUACAGGCUCAGAAUGAACAAGUAUGGUGACAUGCUUCAGGAGGAGUUUUUGUCAACAAUGGCUGGUUUCCAUAAGAACCACACAGAAAGAUAUACAUUAAACAGCAAGUACAAUGGUUCCCAUUACAUUGAGCCAGAUGAUGAUGUUGUCCUUCCCAAGACUGUUGACUGGAGAGAGAAGGGAGCAGUCACCCCAGUAAAGGACCAGGGACACUGUGGAUCAUGCUGGGCCUUCUCAGCUACUGGGUCCCUGGAAGGUCAACACUUCCGCAAGACUGGUAAGCUGGUGAGCCUCUCUGAGCAGAACUUGAUCGACUGUUCCGCCAAAUAUGACAAUGAUGGUUGUGGCGGAGGACUGAUGACCGCUGCUUUCAAGUACAUUGAGGACAAUGGUGGGAUUGACACUGAGGAGGCCUAUCCAUAUAAGAAAAAGGAAGGAAAGUGUCAGUAUAACCCGCAAGAAUCUGGUGCUAGAGUGACUGGCUUUGUUCAUAUUCGUACGGGAAGUGAAGAUGCUCUGAAGAAAGCUGUUGCCUCAGUUGGACCAAUAUCUGUUGGCAUUGAUGCCUCACAUGGCUCAAUCCAGUUUUACCACCAUGGUGUUUAUGACGAGCCAGAAUGUAGCACGACGAUGAAGUUCUUGGCAGCAUCAGUGUUGAUUGCCGCUUUAGCUGUAAUAUCUGCAGAACGUUUCUAUUCUGUUGUGUUGGAAGAGUGGGAGACAUUUAAGAUCAAAUUCAAUGAGAGUAGCGGGGCGGCGUUCCCCACCAACGCCUCGGUGAGGGUGGCCUGGGGGGACGGGGUGACCGAACUCUUGCCCUUCCUCAGCCCCAGCAACAACACCACCACCACCACCCCCGUGUUCCAGCACAACUACACCACCGGCGGCUACUACAACAUCACAGCCUACAUUUUCAACGUUGUGUCCGGCUACCAGGUGACCUGCCAGAACAAAUACUUCUCAUCGCCGACCGACACUGUGGGUAGAAACGGCUUUGGUGCACUGAAGAACCAGUAUCCCAUGGACAAGAACCUGACGUUUGUCCCUCUGAUGACCCGAGGGACAGUCUUAAUGUAUUCCGUCACGAAUGACACCUCCGGCUUGGUGAUGUUUAACUACACUGUUCCAGACCCUUUCAACCCUACUCUCAGCACCUUUAAUUACUUCAUCAACUACGAGACUGUGGUGAACAUGACGGUGCACGCCGUCAACGUGUUCCAGUCAGUGCCGUACAGUCUGUACGUGCAGAUGGUCGGCCACGUCAGAAUGUGUCAGAUUGACGACUUCUCUAUUGUUGUGGGAAAGGUAAUAUAUAUACUCUCAUCUUUAUAUCUCUAG